AACAGCACAUCAAACAUGGCCUGCGAUGCCAAAAAAGCCGAACAUGAACCAACCAGAUACAAUAAUGAGGAGAUCAGGAUUGUGUUGGUGGGGAAGACCGGAGUUGGGAAGAGCGCCACAGGAAACACCAUUCUGGGAGAAGAAUAUUUUAAAUCAGAGUUCUCCCCUAAAUCUUUGACUGAACACUGUGCUAAGACCUCUGGUGAAGUGGAUGGACAAAAGGUUGCUGUUAUUGACACUCCGGGUCUGUUCGACACAAGGAUUGAUUAUAAUAAAACCAGUAAAGAUAUUGCCCAGAGCAUUUCUUAUGCUUCUCCUGGACCUCACAUCUUCCUGGUCGUCAUCAGACUGGGCAGAUUCACAGAGGAAGAAAAGAAGACGGUGCAGAAGAUUCAGGAAAUCUUUGGAGAGGAAGCAGACAAAUACAGCAUGGUUCUCUUUACCCAUGGUGACCAGCUCAAAGGGAAACCUAUUGAGGAGUUCUUGAAGGACAGCGAAGAGCUGCAGGAACUUGUGGCCAAAUGUAACGGCCAGUACCAUGUCUUUAAUAAUGAGGUGAAUGAUCGUUGUCAGGUCAGGGAGCUGCUCAACAAGAUCAGAUAUAUAACAAAGAAGAACGGAGGAAGUCAUUACACCACUGAAAUGUUCCAGGAGGCAGAGAGGAAGAUAGAAGAGGAGAAACAACGAAUCCUUAAAGGGAACGAAGAGCAAAUGCGCAAAAAGGAAGAGGAAAUAAAGAAGAAACUAGAGGAAAAGUAUGAGCAACAAAUAAAGGAAGCAGAGGCUGACAGAGAAAGGAUGAAAGUGUUAGUUGCAGAUCGUGAGAGAGAAAUGGAGGAGGAGAAGAAAAAAUAUAGAGAAGAGCAGGAAAAUCGGGCCAGACGGGAAGCUGAGAACAGUAAUCCAAUAAUUAACCUGAUAAAACUUAUCGUCAGAUUUUUGUUUGGGUAAAAUAAGAGCAGCAGCUUUACCAAACUGUUCUCUUCACAGCCCCUUUUUUGAUUUUCGUGUGUAGUGCUUCAGUGUCAAAUAAACACAACUAAAUGUCACAGGUUAAUAUUUGAACAAGAUGAUUGAUGUUUAGAAGUGCCACAGCUUGUAAAGAGCAUGUUUCUAUGGUGAUCAUGAAAUAAAUCUGAUAAUAAAUGA